GUUUCUUUCGCGCAUUGGGAAGCGCGAAGCUCAGAAAGGUUUCUCUCUCUCGCAGUCGCGGAUGAGAUCGUAGUGUAGAUAGAGGAGCGCUCACGGAUUUCUAAAGAUUCUUGCGGGGCGCUGCAACGAUCGAGGAGGAUCGGGCAAGAAAGAAUCCAGCAAGAUCGAGGAGCGGGGGGAAAUCAUGAGCCCGGCACAAGCAACGGCUAACGGCAGCGCCAGGAUCGUGGCGGCGGCGGCAAUGGCGCCGACGAGAAAGACGAUGGGAUUGUGCGUCUUGGAGGGAGCUCUGCUUCGAUCGUCUUGCGGCUUUCCCUACUUGUUCUUGGUGGCGUUCGAGGCCGGGAGCAUUAUCCGCGCGUUUGCGCUGCUUCUUGCUUAUCCCUUUCUGCUCGUCGCCGCCAAGAUCUUCGAGUCUUGCCUCCUCGAUCAAGCGCUCGUCUUCAUCGCGCUGGGCGGGCUCAAGGUGUCGGCAGUGGAAUCCGUGGCCAGGGCCGUGCUGCCGAAGUUCUACCUCGAGGAUUUGCGCUGGGAUUGCUACAGCAAGCUUGUCAACUGCAAGAGGCGCUGCGUCGUCGCGACGAGGAGCCCUCGGCAGCUGAUCGAGCCCUUCCUGCGCGAAUUCUUGGGGGCCGAGCAGAUUCUAGGGCCGGAGCUCCAGAUCACUGACGGCGGGUAUUGCACAGGGUUGAUCAUCGCGUCGUCGAUCCCAGCACCGGCUGUCCAGGCGGAUAUCGGUAUUUGCUGCUCCAGCGAUCGCGAUCUUGUCAGGCAAUGCAAGGAAGAAUUCGUGGUGGAGGCGAGCGCCCACGCGCGCCCAGUCCCGCGCAAGCACUACUUGAAACCCCUGAUCUUUCACGACGGCCGCCUCGCAGUCCGCCCCACGCCCGCUAUGGCGCUCACGAUCUUCCUCUGGCUCCCCAUCGGCAUCGCGCUGGCCAUCCCACGAUCCCUAAUCCUUGUCCUCUGCCCUAACAUCCCCCUCAUCCUCGCCGCCGAGGCGCUGCUGGGUAUCGUGCUGCGCUACAGUGGAACUCCCCCGGAGAAUAUUCCGUCGUCCCGUCCGAGCAGAAUAUCCUCCGCCACUGGGAAUCUCUUCGUGUGCUCCCACCGGACGCUCCUCGACCCGGUGAUGCUGUCGGGCAUGGUGCUGCGACGGGUGACGGCCGUCACGUAUAGCAUCAGCUGGGUGAGCGAGCUGCUAUCGCCCAUCCGGACCGUCCGCCUCACACGGUGUCGAUCGCACGACGCCCGAACGAUCAGCAACCACUUGAGGAGGGGUGACCUAAUCGUCUGCCCGGAGGGCACCACUUGCCGCGAGCCCUAUCUCCUGCGCUUCUCCAAGCUCUUCGUGGAGAUCGCCGAGAACGUCGUGCCGGUGGCCAUGAACUGCGAGAUCCAGCUCUUCCACGGGACGUCGGUGCGCGGGUGGAAGGCGAUGGAUCCCUUCUUCUUCGCGCUCAAUCCGCGCCCCAGGUACGAGGUGAAUUUCCUGGAGAGGCUGAGCCUGCAAGAGCUGACGGAUCGCGGCGCCAGCAGCUUCGAGAUCGCCAACAUGAUCCAGCACCGGAUCGCGCGCGCGCUAGGGUUCCAGUGCACAGGAUUCACGCGCCGGGACAAGUACCGGAUGCUGGCCGAGCAAAAGGUGCGAGGAGGGGGAGGAGCUCGGAAAAGCGCGGGAAAGUUUGAAAAUUUGAAGCCCGCGGAAGAUUCCAAGGAACAUUUCUUGUUGUGAAAUUUUACUAGUCCGUGCGCUUGUACGGAAACUCUC